AUGGUGGAGGAAUCUCCAGGGGAUGCUUCCGGAUAUACACAGCCAUGGUUCUGCCCUUCCAGACGCAAAACGCACCACAGAUGCAGGAAUCACAGUAGAUGCAGAAGAACGAAGAAUCGUGCAAUAUCUACUUUCAUGAGAGCCACUCAGUACACAUGCAUGUUGCUUAGCUAUUUAAUAGAGCAUAAGGCUGAUAAAGAGAAGCUGGCAAUGAAACUCAAGCAGUUGGAAUCUAGCAUGAGCUCGGGCCGGAAAAUGUUCAGACUGGGCAACAUGGUGCACGCCUUGGUAGCAGCCAGGAGGACUACACAGCUGCCAGAUGUGGUUCCUCGCUUCUGCCUCACAGCCUCCAACCUGACCCGUGCCCUCUACUUCGUCUGCGAUGCGGUCCUGUGGUUGAAGAGCGUUGGGCUCCAACCUGACGUCGAUAAGCCGAAGUGGCGGAAUUGGGCUACCAAGUGUUACUACUUUUCGCUCCUGAUGAAUCUGGCCAGGGACUGGUAUGAGAUCUCCUGGAGGCUGGAACAAGCUGUACAGGAAGAAAAGACAAAGGAGAAAUCCUUCUGGGACAAACACAACCAGGAUCUAAACUGUGUGAAAUGUGACGGUUUGCACGGUUUUCUCCUCCUGCUGUUUCAAAUACUGAAAAGACAUCCUCCUUUGCUGCUGGACUUGGUGAAGAAUCUCUGUGAUCUCUCAGGCCCUUUGGAUACGCUAGGGAUCUACAAGACCAACCCAGGGGUGAUUGGUUUCUGUGGCAUCCUCUCCUCCCUGGUGGGGAUCCUCACAUUAGCAAGCCCACAUCUGAAGCUGAAACAGUGACAUAAAAGGAGCUGCAUAGUGUGCAGCGAGCCAACAGCCUUGAUCCUCUGAUAGGUUUUUAUCCUCCAUAGGGCACCUUCAAAAUGAACAUGUCUCACAGUAACCUCAAGACUAACUUUGUCCUCUGAAUAAGUGAAUUCUACCCUUUUUCCUUCCCUGUGUUUUUGCAGGUGAGUUUGGUGCCAAUACACACUCCCUGAUGGAGUGAAGAUGGGAGAAGGCAGAGUAGUAUUUCAUAGACAGAAACGGGACUUGGAACAUGGCUGCUAGAUAACGAAAUGCUGAUGUUCCUAUAUUUUAAUACAGGGUUGUGAAAUAGCUGCAUAGACAACUGUAAUAGGUAUAUGACUCCUAACUAAUCGUGUUUACACUGGAAAGCUGGAAUUCACCAAUCAAAGGUUCCUACAGUGAGAUUUUCUAUAGUGGGCUCAGGCAAGUUAGGACCUGCGGUUAAAAUGGCCUGAAGUCAAGUACGAGUGUUCUGAUGGGUUUGGGUUGACGGAUCCUGUUAUCUGAGGCAGUGGUUUGAAUGCAGCGUGAUGGUAACUGAAGAGUGGUAUGACCUGGCCUUCCCAUGAUCUCUGUGUAACGUGCACUGGUGACGCUGGAUCUGUGGUCUAGUGACUGCCAACUCGUGGCCCAGGAAAUCAGCACUUUCUUCUUUUCCUGCAAUAAUGUGAGCCAAGGACCAUUGGCCACCGAGUCUGACUUCUCCAGCAGGCCGUGGCUGAGGGUUUUGGUGAAGGACAGCAUGUGGGAGAAGCUUGUCUGAGUGCUGAUGAUGCUGUGACUUGUAGGGAACUGGGUUUCCAAAGCUGUGAAUCUGGAACCACUCAAUAGCACCAAAUUUCCCAUUACGCACGCACCUUAACUCCCAAACCCCUGAGAUUCCAAGUGCAACAAUUUCCCUUUAAUCAUAUUGUGAUAAGGAGCUUGUUUUGCUGUUUUAAUUUUACAUGAAAAAUUCCAUUAUAAUAAGGAGCUUUGGAACCAGCAGUUAAGGAGAGAAGCCUGGCUCGGAGCUUGUUGAGUCAGAAAAACUGCGAGGGUGUGUUUCUAUUUGCGUAAGCUCCCAGCGGGAGGGGAAUGGAGUUGGUCGUGAUAAUAUCAGAAUUCCCUGUGAGAAGAAAAGCUUAUUACUGGAUUUGGGCAUUCAUGGUUUAGAAGUCCCUGUCUGGUCCUCCCUAUCCUUCCCUUUCAUGACCACAAGAUUUCGUGUGCGUUCCCUCGCUGGUUGAAUGGGUUCUACCAUUUGAAAACGCCUUACGUUUGCACCUGCCUUAUUGCUCAUCAUUUACCUUGCUGGGAAUGAUUGCCUGGCAGGGUAAUCUAGGUUAAAGGAGAAAUGCUGUGUCCAGCUGUCUAACAGUUACAUGGCAUGCGGUCUUUGCUGCUCCUGACUUCGCAGGGUACCAGUUCUGACACCAUCUGAGAAAAAAUUUGCUCAUUAUAUAGGAGAUAAAAUUAUCAUUUUUCUUCAGCAGAGUUAGGCCUGUGUGUUCUGCUGCUUUCUGGUGCAAGGGCUCCUUGUUUAAUCUGUCAGGAGAUGUGAGCAGAGACUACUCUACCCUGGACCAAGGUACUCUCUUAUUAUUUCUGAUGCCGUCUGAAAAUUAAAAGGCGCUGGUCUCCUUUAUUAAAAGGAGAAGGCUGUGGAAUUGAGUAGGCAUGGUAAGGCAGUGCCCCAGUUUACCUUAAGUCAUUGUGGUCAGGCUUGGAAUUACUUCCAGUUUGAAUCUGAAGUGUUAGCCUGCCAGUGAAGUGUUUGAAAAAAGAAGUUGCUGGGCAGGGUAAUUAAGUGUUCUCGAAGACCAAAUGUGGCCUGCAGCAGCUCUUCUUUUUAAUAUGGAAAUGAAUACCAUUAAAAGUAGAGCGUACUGGCAGUUCAGACCAUAAUGGAGCAUUACACAUGGGAUAUGUUGUCUUCAAGGGCUUCCUCUCCUUUUUAACAAUGGAAAUUUUUUGUUUCUUUACUCCAUUUGCCUUUGAGCUCCCGGCAUUGUGGGGCCCACCCCCCCUUGGUCAGAUUUGGUCAUUAUCCCUGUGUGUAGCAGCAACUGUAAGGAAGGAGGAGGAGUCUUGAUGAUCUGGCAGCGGAGGUUUGGCCACCCUUUGUCUACAGAAUUUCAUCUUCUCGCAAAAAAAUGCGUUUUUGAUUCCUCGCAGGGGAGCUCUCAGGUACAAAAUACUUCUUUCACUGGUUUGCGAACUUGCAGUUUGUAGGUAAAGGGAAAUGCAUUAACAUACUGAUGUGGCCCCUAGCCAGCUACACCUCCCCGUGCCCUGCCAAGGCAGAAGGGUGGUUUUUUCCCCCGU